UGUCCUUAUCACAGACCCCCUUCACAACAUCGUGGCCAAUACAUUGUUAAGGCCAUCCCGAGGUGAAAGUCAGAUUUGUCGUCUGCAGAUCACCAAAAAGAGUAAUAAAAUGAUAGAGAAGAUGCAGUGACCUAAAGCCUGACGACGAUAGGUAUAUCGACCUUAUUGUGUACAUACAUUUAAUGACAAAUAAUCCUUAUUGUUAAAUUGUUGUUAAAUCAUGUUAUAUUGUUAAUAACAGGUUGGAGUUAUCUGGUCGAUUAGUGAAUAUUUUAUAUUAUUUUAUAAUUGUAACAAAAUAGUAAUUAACAAUGACGCAGAACACAAGUUGGGACGAAGUGAAGAGGCUAGCCCUUGAUUUUCAAAAAAUGCAACUAAGUUGUGCUUUGUAUAGAUUAUCGGAACGGAAUUGUAUAGAGAUCGUAACGAAAUUAAUCGAGAAGAAGCUUUUAAAUGUUAUUUUUACAAUUGAGAAAGAGUAUAUCACACCAGAAUAUCUAAUUACUGAAAUUGAGAAUAAAUUAUUCGAACAUAAUGGUCGUAUAACUUUAGUCGAAUUAUCUAGUAUUUUGAAUGUCGAUUUAUCGCUAAUAACUAAAUUUGCCAGCGAUAUGGAAAAAAGCAAUAAACAUAUAAAAAUAAUAUUAGACAAUUUAAUAGAUAACAAUUAUAUCUCUAAGAUUGCAAAAGAAAUUAACAAUCAAUUAUGUAAAGAUGGCUUUAUUAGUGUUGUGGACUUAAUGCUGUAUUACGAUUUGCCGGCAGAUUUUUUACAGUCAGUAAUUGAAAAGGAGUUAGGCAAAACUAUAUUAGGUAAACAGGAUGUAGAGGAUCCAAGAAUUUUUUAUAAUCAAAAUUAUAUAGCCAGAAUUGAAGCAAAAAUAAGGGGUGCGCUUUCAGCAAUUACAAAACCAACUCAAAUUUCCGCAAUAUUAGGACAAUGCUCUAUUCCGGAGAAAAUAUUCUUUGCAAUUUUGGAGAAUCUGCAUGAAAAAUGUCAAGUUCCAGGUAUUAUAACUGGCAAACAUUGCAGUAAUAGUAUUUAUGUCCCUAGUAUAUAUUCCAAAAGCCAAAACGAAUGGGUUGAAAACUUUUAUAAGCAUAAUGGAUAUCUUGAAUAUGAUGUACUACUAAGGCUGGGUAUUUCGGAUCCAAAAAAUUUUGUAAAACGCCAUUUUACAAAUAGGGAUAUAAUGCAUCUUAGCGCAAUAUCGAUAAAUCCCAUACUCAUUGACCAAGUCGAUGUUAUUAUUGAAGAAGUUAUAGCAACUAGAUCCUUCACAGACAUUAAUUCUAUCAUACCAACAGUUUUUAAUCCUAAAGAUAUUGAAUUAUUUUUAAAAGAAACGUCUUUAAAAAAGCAAUCGCAAUCGUCCGUUCACGUUUUUGCAUUAACGGUUAUUGUAUCGGAUGUUUAUUUGCAAGAGUUACAAAAGCAGUUAGAGCCCUUAGCUAGGGAAAAGGCAGAGGAGAUUGUCGUUAGUGGCAAAUGGCCUCCGCCUACUAAUGAAAGUAAGACAAAAUAUAAGCAUAUGGACAUCGAAGAUAACAAAGUUGAUAGAAAAGCUGAAAGGAGAAAAAAGGCAUAUAGUGGGAAGGCUGGUGGCGGUAGUCAAGGUCGAGAAACAAAAACCAAAUCAAUUAAGAAGAAGUAUAAUCAAUUUAAAAAUCAAGAUAAUGACUCGGAUAAUGAGCAGCUUGGCUUAGAGAAUGAAAAGGUUGAUAUGAAUUUUUUAAAAAUCGAUGAUAUUCAAAAGGAAUUAAAUAAAGAUAAGAACUUAGCGGAUAUGGAUGAAUUUACGGAUGAAUUGUCAAUAUACUUGUGUCCUCUACUGAAUAAGCAGGUUCUACAGAUAAUGGAACAAUUAUUACCCAAGCAUAAGACAAUAGAUUUAAGUGAAAUUGAUAAUCAUCUGAAUGCGUUAAUAACCAACAUCAAAGUCUUUGAUAAGGGAACAAAGUUUGUAGACAAAUAUACUCAGGAAGCACUGGCAAAAUACUUAUUGAAAACAUUAGUCGUAGAUUUUAUAACAGAAAUCUUCAAAUUAUGCGCUCGUCAAAAUGUGAUACAACAUUCGCCUAAUUUAACGACUGAAACAAGGGAAAAAAUACUCCAAGACUUACCUAACGAUGUAAAAAAACCACUUGCAAAUUUGCAUAAAGUUGUUGCAGGAAACAAUUUGGAAGAUUUUUUUAAUGCCGUUGAACCAGCUAUGUCUGCCUGUUGUUUAGUUUUAAGGAAAUAUGAUAAAAAAAAAGAUAGGUUUAUCAUUGUUGAUCAUAGGGAAGCUCUUCUAAAGGAAUUAAGUUGUACGCAAGAUCCUGCUCUAGUAUUACAUUUGACAACAAUAAUACUCUUUAUAGCAGCUACGCAAAAUACAAUCCAUAUAUCUGGGAGACACGUAUCAUCUAUUCUUUCAUUUCUGCAGUAUUACUUAAAAUCCUCGACAUCUUCUUCCCUUAUAAAAUAUCACGAUUUACUAUUAAAAUUUCUUAGUUCGUCUAAUGCAGCUGAUAAAGAAGUAUUACAAAAACUCUUACAAGAUGAUUUGCAGGAAAUUAAAACUAUUGCUACCGAAUAUUCGAAGCAACUGAAAACGAAUAAAGAAGAUGGAAAUUCUUAGAGGACAGAAAUUGUAAUCUCACGUUAAAAAGAAAAAUUAAAAUGUUAUUGUAUAUUUGCAUUUAUAUCAAUUAUUUUAAA